GUGGCUGUGUGUUAGGGGCGUGGCUGGUGACGGUGCUCUAUGACAGCGAUGUUUUGCUAGUUUAGUUUGUUGUGGCUAAUGUGUUUCUCCUGACACAUUAAACUGCUGUACACACAGUCUGAUUAUUAAUAGAACCAGAUGUAGACAUUGGUGUGUACCGUAGGUCAUUAUUUAUCAACUUUUAAUUCACCGUUACUAGUUUUUUGUUGUUCCUCAGCAUAGUAGCAACCCAAGGCUAGCUAGCCUGCUAAUGCUAGCCACGCGGCUAAAGACAAUUUUUCGCGUCGCAAGUAGCUAAGCAUUAGCCGGAGGAACACACUCCUCUAACGUCAACAAAGCGGACUUCGGUUUUGUCUACACAGAUGAGUGGCCCUGAGAAGUGAUUCGGACGGAUCAGUUGGGAACAAUGUCCUGUAAAUCGACUAAGGUCGCCCCGAGUGUUGAUUUCGACCACAGUUGUUCCGACAGUGUCGAAUACUUGACGCUCAAUUUCGGCCCGUUUGAGACUGUCCAUCGCUGGAGAAGACUCCCUCCUUGUGAUGAAUUUGUUGGUGCAAGGCGCAGUAAGCACACUGUUGUGGCCUAUAGAGAUGCCAUAUACGUGUUUGGGGGAGACAAUGGGAAGAACAUGUUGAAUGACUUGCUCCGCUUUGAUGUGAAGGACUGUUCGUGGUGCAGAGCUUUCACUACUGGAACGCCACCUGCUCCCAGAUAUCAUCAUUCAGCUGUGGUGUAUGGUAGCAGCAUGUUUGUUUUUGGUGGCUACACCGGAGACAUCUACUCGAACUCAAACCUGAAAAACAAAAAUGACCUCUUUGAGUACAAGUUUGCCACUGGGCAGUGGACUGAGUGGAAAGUGGAGGGGAGUUUACCAGUGGCUAGAUCUGCACAUGGAGCCACAGUGUACAAUGAUAAAUUGUGGAUUUUUGCUGGUUAUGACGGAAAUGCAAGGCUAAAUGACAUGUGGACCAUUAGUCUCCAAGAUCGAGAACAUGCAUGUUGGGAGGAGAUUGAUCAGAGUGGAGAAAUUCCUCCAUCUUGCUGCAAUUUCCCUGUAGCUGUAUGCAGGGAUAAGAUGUUUGUAUUUUCUGGUCAGAGUGGAGCUAAGAUCACAAAUAACCUCUUCCAGUUUGAGUUCAAGGGCCACAUGUGGACUCGUAUUCCCACUGAACAUUUACUGAGGGGUUCCCCUCCACCUCCUCAGAGACGUUAUGGUCACACAAUGGUUGCUUUCGACCGCCACCUGUAUGUAUUUGGAGGUGCUGCUGACAACACUUUGCCCAACGAGCUGCACUGCUACGAUGUGGACUCUCAGACCUGGGAAGUGAUCCAACCUAGUCUGGACAGUGAGAUGCCCAGUGGGAGACUCUUUCAUGCUGCUGCUGUGAUUCAAGAUGCCAUGUACAUUUUUGGUGGGACUGUGGACAACAAUGUGCGCAGUGGGGAGAUGUACAGGUUUCAGUUCUCAUGCUAUCCGAAGUGUACUUUACAUGAAGACUACGGAAAGCUGUGGGAAAACCGUCAGUUCUGUGACGUGGAGUUCAUUCUGGGCGAGAGGGAGGAAAGAGUAUUGGGGCACAUUGCCAUAGUUACCGCAAGAUGUCAAUGGUUGCGGAAGAAAAUCCUGCAGGCACGGGAUCGGCAGAGACAGAAGAGCAAACAGGAGAGCAGUGAAGAGAGUGACGAAGGAGCAGCUGGAGGCCCAAAGGACAUCCCAACAGGAAACAGGCCAUCGGGCUCACAGCCGCUGCUAGAGGUAUCCAUCAGGGAAGCAGAGGCCCAGCCGUUUGAAGUAUUAAUGCAAUUCCUUUACACAGACAAGAUCCAGUAUCCACGUAGAGGUCACGUCCAGGAUGUUCUGCUGAUCAUGGACGUUUAUAAAUUGGCCCUGAGCUUUAAGCUCUCCCGCCUGGAGCAGCUGUGUGUGCAGUACAUUGAGGCAUCUGUGGAUCUGCAGAAUGUCCUCAGCGUUUGUGAAAAUGCCAACAAGCUACAACUGGAUCAGCUCAAGGAACACUGCCUUAAUUUUGUGGUGAAGGAAUCGCACUUCAACCAGGUGAUUAUGACGAAGGAGUUUGAACGCCUGUCGACCCCGCUGAUAGUGGAGAUAGUGCGGCGAAAGCAGCAGCCUCCGCCCCGGGUGUACUCGGACCAGCCUGUGGACAUCGGCACCUCGCUGGUGCAGGACAUGAAGGCUUACCUGGAGGGAGGCGGGCUGGAGUUCUGUGACAUUAUCCUGUUGCUGGACGGACACCCGCGACCCGCGCACAAGGCCAUUCUGGCUGCCCGAUCCAGUUACUUUGAAGCAAUGUUCCGCUCUUUCAUGCCAGAAGAUGGUCAAGUUAAUAUCUCCAUUGGGGAGAUGGUUCCAAGUAAACAGGCUUUUGAGUCCAUGCUGCGUUAUAUCUACUAUGGCGACGUCAACAUGCCUCCAGAGGAUUCCCUCUAUCUGUUUGCUGCACCAUAUUACUACGGGUUCUCCAAUAACCGGCUGCAAGCCUACUGCAAGCAGAAUCUGGAGAUGAACGUCACUGUGGAGAAUGUCUUGCAGAUUCUGGAGGCAGCUGACAAGACGCAGGCUCUGGACAUGAAGAAGCACUGCCUGCACAUUAUUGUCCACCAGUUCAUCAAGGUAUCCAAGCUCCCUAACCUGCGGUCUCUCAGCCAGCUGCUGCUGUUGGACAUCAUUGAGUCUCUAGCUACACACAUAUCAGACAAACAGUGUGCUGAGAUGGGCUCCGACAUUUAGGAUGACGCCUCCAGCCAGGUUGCUCUCUCCUCUCACACAAGCCAUAAAGCUCCAUCUACUUCUAGUCAUUCCCUCCUCCCCAACACUCAGACCUUUCCUUUAUCUUGGACCAUGCAAGUCUUGAGGCCCAUGCAUUUAAUGCAUUUUAUCAAUGCAGUAUCAUGUGUGUUUUUCACUCCGUAUCUCAGUGAGGAGGGAAAUCAGUAAAGAAAUACUUUUAUAGCUCAUUUACAACAUGAAAUAGUUAAAAUGUUUCACUUGUUUAUUUUAUACAAACCGAACAAACCUUUAAAGAUUUUAUUUUGCUCUGUGUUGCUGCUGCAUCUUCUUUACACGCAGUAGACUGUAUUAGUUAUGUGUCCCCUCACAUCUUCUAUUCAACCUGUCGACUAUUUAUCUAAACUUGAAUUCAUUAUCACCUUGGUCUUCUCAGCUCUUUCACAUUCAUUAAGCCUGGAUUACAUGUACAUGUAAGGAUAAUGGAAAUCUACGUCUGUAUUAAAGCCAUAAGGUUUGUUUACUGUU